UAAACGACUUUGACGCAUCUUCUCUAAUGGGUAUUUGCUAAUUCUAAAACCCAUUAACGGAUAUUUCAAUUCAGACUGAAAAUUUUCCUUUUUUAUUUUAUAUAUAAUAUAUAUAUAUAUAUAUAUAUUUGGGGUUCAGAUUCGUCUGAGAAUGUUCUCGGCAGCCCUUGCUGUAGAAUUGGAGCGUGUUAUUAUAUAAAUUUUCUUUUAUAUAUAUAUUUAUAUAUAGAACCUCUCGUGAAUGGAAGGAGACGGAGAUGAUUGUUUAAUAGGAGAGAAUUCCGACCCUCAUUUACAGUUUGGUGGAGAAGCAACGCCUCUGAGCUCCACCAUUUUCUUGGAUCAGGUUGGGGAAGUCAUUCUCACCUGCAAUUCUGAUGGGCUGUCUUGGAAAUGUGUUGAACCUUUUUCCAAAGAUGAAUCAACUUGUUUAGGCAUCAAACGUGAUUCAAAGGUUUCUACCAACAUCAAGUUCUCUGAUUUAUAUGCUGUUGAAUUCAUAAAUUAUGGUAUUAUUCGUGGAUCAAAUCUUCCGAAUGCUGGAAGAUUUCUUUUGGGUCACAACUUUGAGAUGUAUCGCUUCACGGUGCAUGGUUUCCAUAGGUCGAAGACGCGAUCAUCUCUUUGGGUCCCGUCUGUGUUUACAUUUGGUCUUGACAAUCUGCAGACAUGCCAGAUGUGGGUGAAUCGAAUUAAUUCUUCUCUUGCUCUGCAAGUAGGGAGACCAAAGAAUCUUCUGGUUUUUAUUAAUCCAAAGAGUGGGAAAGGUCAUGGCUACAGAGUUUGGGAAACUGUGGCUCCUAUAUUCACGCGUGCAAAGGUGAAAACAAAGGUGAUUGUGACACAGAGGGCAGGACAGGCAUUUGAUGUGAUGGUGUCUACCUCAAAUAGGGAGCUCAAUUCAUAUGAUGGAGUUGUCACUGUUGGAGGUGAUGGCUUUUUCAAUGAAAUUCUUAAUGGUUUUCUUAAAUCAAGGCAUAAAGCAUCUUAUCCACCAGCUCCUUCAGAUUUUAUUCAUUCUCUUGAGUGCAAUGGAAGUUUUGUUCUUCAUGAUCCAAUUGAAACAGCAGCUACUUCUUUUGCUGUUGAUGAUGAAUCUCUUCUAUCAAGUUCUAUACAUAAUGGAAUGGAGUCCACAAAUUUCAGCUGUUGGCUGACAAAUCACUUGGAUGUAUAUGAAAUUACAGGAAACGAAGAUGGUUCUUGCAGCACAGCAGACCAAGAUCCAGAGUUUCCCCCCCAGAAUGAGUGGUUUAGAUUUGGAAUCAUUCCUGCAGGUUCAACAGAUGCGAUUGUGAUGUGUACUACUGGAGCUCGAGAUCCUAUAACAUCUGCAUUGCACAUUGUCCUGGGUAAAAGGGUGUGCCUUGAUAUUGCUCAAGUUGUAAGGUGGAGAACAACAUCUACAUCAAAAGUUGAACCUUGUGUUCGCUAUGCAGCUUCUUUUGCUGGGUAUGGGUUCUAUGGAGACGUCAUUACAGAGAGUGAGAAAUACCGCUGGAUGGGUCCCAACCGUUAUGAUUGUGCAGGAACAAAGGUGUUUUUGAAGCACAGUUCCUAUCAGGCAGAAGUGGCAUAUCUAGAAGUCAAAAGUGAAGAAACAAAUCCAACUGCAAAAGGUAAUCUGGCCAGUCUAGUACAAGCAUUGGGCAGUCCGAAUGUAUCUGAAAGAGUGGUUUGCCGUGUUAACUGCAAUGUUUGUAGCAUGAAGCCAAUGGACACAUUCGCCUGUGGUAGCCAACCUCCAGGAGAAACAAGAUGGGUGACAUCGAAAGGGCGUUUUCUUAGUGUUGGUGCUGCCAUCAUCUCUUGCCGAAAUGAAAGGGCACCAGAUGGUCUUGUGGCUGAUGCCCACCUUUCAGAUGGUUUCUUGCAUCUCAUAUUGAUUAAAGAGUGUCCUCAUGCUUUUUAUCUCUGGCAUCUAACCGAGCUAGCAAGGAAAGGUGGAAACCCCUUGAAGUUUGACUUUGUGGAGCAUCACAAGACCCCUGCUUUUACAUUUACUUCUUUGGGCAAACAAAGCAUGUGGAAUGUGGAUGGCGAGGUCCUUCAAGCGCACCAACUGUCAGCUCAAGUUUUUCAAGGCCUUAUUAGCUUAUUUGCAACUGGUCCUGAAGUCUAACAGAGGUCCUCCCAGAGGAGCUUCUUCAUAGGCCAUCAGAUCACCCAAUCUACACAAUUUUGUGGCCAUGACCUUCGUACGACCUAAUUAUAUUCUUUAUAUCGGCCAAAAGUGUUGGGGACGGAUGGAUGAAGGUUGGGGAGUACAAGUUGUUACAUAUUGCUAUUAUGUAUAUUAGCAAAAAGAAAAUGAGUAGUUUUUAUAUUAUAUUAUAUUUAUACCUUCCAUUUUGAAGAGGCAGGCCAAUGUUAAGAGUAUAGCAAAUUGUCAUCGUUUGAUUAAGAAAGAAUACAGUUUGGUGCCCCUUUUUUGAAAGGCACUUCUUCCAUUGUCAUCUUUUUGUAAACUU